GUCACUCAGCUUAGGAUGGACAAUGAGAGGUUGAAGCAGGAACAGGCUGAGGCAGCGCCUGGCCCGAGUAUAGAGCCUUCAUCUAAAGUGUCCUCUAGUGGUAAUGCUCCAGUAAUGGAGAAGUUUAUUUUUUUACCCCGAGAUAGAAAAUGUCCCAUGUUUAAUGGUAAGACAGGUAUGGGGUUGGCUGAAUGGCUGGAGGAGAUGCAGGCUUGUGUGAGAGCCUGUCAUGUCUCUGAAGCUGACCAGGCAUUUUUUUAUUUUGAUCAUCUGGAGGGGGAAGCAUGUGAGGAAAUAAAGCAUCGUUCCAGUGAAGAGCGUUCAGACCCAUUAAAGAUCAUUGAGGUGUUGCAGGAGCUGUAUGGGGAUUCAGAAUCUUAUCUGGCACUUCAAGAGGCCUUUUUCUCCCGCAGACAGCGUGAGGGAGAGACUCUUAGGGUUUUCAUUGGCAUUAAUGAGUCUGAUGACAUCUGUUAAGUAGUGCGCGCCUAAUGGUGUCCCAAAUGCAGAGGUUUUGUUACGUGAUCAGUUUGUUGAGUGUGUGUUUGAUGGGUCACUUCGGCACGAGUUGAAGCAGUUUGUGCGCCAGCAGCCUACCCCUACCUUGUUGGAAGUUAGGGGUGAGGCAAUUAGAUGGGAAUGAGAGGGUUCACCUGGAGGUACGAAGGGUAGUGAUUUUUCCAUCCAGUCUGUUGUGGGCACUCAGUGCGGGGUUCAGGGCAGUGGCCAGGUGGAGGCUGGUUCUUUUCAGGCCUCAGAAGUACAGGAAGUAAGGGAGAUGCUCCAGCGGCAACAGGAGCAGUUGAAUCGGCUGACUCAGAGUAUUUCCCAUUUGCAGGAUUCUGGGCAGUUUCGUCAAUCAGUUCCCCAGGGGUCUAUAAUUUGUAGGCGCUGCCAGAAACCAGGUCACUUUGCCAGGGAGUGUGAUGGAGUUCGGGUGGUGGCCCGCAGUCGAUCCUUUUUGUCGGCCUCUUCAUUGAACAAACCAUCUUCUGCCACUCAGGGGUCGGGAAACUAGUGCCCGCCGAGCUGUGGAACCACAGCUCUGGGUGCUCAAAGCCACGCGAAGUGCUCAAAGUUACAGUCUUUAAAAUGUGUUACAAGGUUCUUAUUGGCCUGUGUUAGUGACUCCAGGUUUGGUGUGGGUUGCCCAUUUUUAAUGGUUUCCUUUUUUAUCUGUGAAAGAACGCCUUGAAAAAGGCAAUUUGAGUAGAUCUGCAAUGAGGUCAGCCAAAGUUGCUGAAGUGGAUGCAGCUGCCAUAUGAAGUUCACACACAGCAGCAUAGGAACCACAGGAGGGGGUCCCCUCACUCCUGAACAAGACCCUGAGGUACUUGAACCCCUUCACUUGGGGCAAGACCGUAUUCCUUACCUGUAGUAGGUAAUCCAUGGGUUUCCUGCUGAGAACCAGACCCUGAGCCUGAUGAGAGAAGGCCAAAUACUCCAAACAGCUGUUUGGUGCAUACGCACAAAUAACAGUCAGAUCCCCCGCAAAGGCAAGGGGAGGCGACCCUCUCAUCUACUGGGGUAAACUCCAGCGUAGCGGCGCUCAUCCGGGGACUUGUGAAUAUCCCUACACACGCCCAACACCCCACACCCUGGACAACUCCAGAUAAGACUAAGGUCCAACCCCUAUCAGGGAGAGUGGUUCUGGGGUCGAGGCUGUGCAUGAAGGUGAGACCUACCAGGUAGCUGUCCACCUCUUGCACAAGCUCCGGCUCCUUUCCCACAGCGAGGUGACGUUCCACACCCCCAGAACUGGCCUCUGCUGACCUGAUUUAGUCUUGGUCAUGUUUCCUCUUCCUCAUUUAUUUAUGGGGUCAUUCUGAACCAUUCUUAGUCUUCAUACAGAGCUUUAAACCUUUUUUCCUUUAUCAUGCUUUGAUGUUUGAAGUAAAACCUCAACAAACACUCAGUAUUUUUCCACUUUUUCUCUGAAACUGCUAAUGUUUGAAAUGAGCCAGCUUCGAGAAAGGCUUUUGUUGUGAAGGUCAAAUCCUGUGUGUCUGUCCUCAGGUGAGAUGCAUUUUGAUUGGCAGCAGUACCUUCAGUCCGCCGGCUCUCAGGCAGCGCCAUGGUCACUGUUCAGGACGUCCAGCACAGCUGGCUGCGCGUUCGCCAUGGGGAUGAAGCUGGAAGCAGUGGACAGGAAGAACCCGAGCCUCGUUUGUGUUGCCUCUGUCACUGAUGUCAUUGAGGAGCGUUUCCUGGUCCACUUUGACAACUGGGAUGACACAUAUGACUACUGGUGUGAUGACAGUAGUCCUUGCAUUCAUCCUGUGGGGUGGUGUGAAGAACAGGGGAAACCUUUGACCUCUCCCAAGGGUUAUCACCCAGAGAACUUUGUGUGGGCGGAGUAUCUGCAGGAAACUGGUUCUGUCACUGCUCCCAGUUCAUCCUUCAAGCUGAGAGCUCCUCAUGGUUUUCAGGUCAACCAGAAACUGGAAGCGGUGGACAAGAGGAAUCCCAUGCUGGUCCGUGCUGCCACAGUAACAGACAUUGAAGACUACAGAGUGAAGGUACGUUUGUCCCCAAAACCAUCAGUACCAUCUUUGAAUUUGCUGUUGUUGACUCCGCCUCCUGUCCAUGAGUACUUCUUGUGGUGUGUAACAUCGUCUGUGCGUGGAACAAUAACUAGCUAACAACUCA